CUUAUGUAACUCUGCAACUAAUCUUUGCUAAUCUUGAGCAAGGCAUUUAAAUCCAGGAGUAAGCCUAUUCUUCCUCUCGCCCCGUCCCCCUCCUGCCUCUCUUUGCAGUAAAAAGGGGAAAAACAGAAGCAAGGUUCACAGCAUUGUGAAUGUUCCUACCAACGUGAUAAAGUGGCACAGGGGCCCCGAGUCUGCUCAGAGGCAGCAAUCCCUCCCUCCCUGCUGCCUCCAUGCACAGCUACCGAGGGCCUUAAAAGAAAAGCUGCUUUCAGACCGAUUACCACUCGCUUUUUGCUAAAGCAUGGAAAUCUCUACUCUCGCAGCUUACCAUUGCCUUGUUCUUGCCUGGUAUUUUUUCGUCCUCUAUUCACUCACACAUCUAAGAACAGAAGAACGGCCAUCUGAAGUGUUCCUUUACGGUGGGCAGUGGAAAUAUUUGACAGUCCUCAAUCUGUUUUUGCAGGCUGUCUUCUAUGGGGUGUCCUUCCUGGCUGAUGUCUUGAGGCUAAUUAAGGAACUGCGAUGUGCUAAGUGCGUAAUUUCCAGCAGAGACCUUCUUUUCAGUGUCCUGGCUUUCCCAGUGUCCACAUUUGUUUCUAUAUCCUUUUGGAUCCUGUACACCUACAACCGAGAGCUGGUUUACCCCAAAAGCCUUGAUGGAGUCAUUCCAACCUGGCUAAAUCACACCAUGCACACGGCUGUAUUACCACUUGCUCUUCUGGAAAUCCUUGCCACACCUCAUCGCUACCCAGCAAAGAAGAAGGGACUGUUCCUGUUAGGAUGUGCCUCUUUUCUUUAUGUCAGUUGGGUCCUGUGGAUUUAUUUUGUAACAGGAGAGUGGGUGUACCCUCUCUUUGCUUCAUUCAGCCCAGCUGGGCUAGGAGCCUUUUUCAUCAGUAGCCUUGCCAUCGUCGUCUGUUUCUACAAUUUUGGAGAGUUCCUAAACCAGGCCGAGGCGGGCGGAGAACAGGGGCUGCCCGACCCGCGGCUGCGAGGCGCCACAGCGCCACCUGGCGGCCGGCCGCGGAGCAGCGCCUCCCCGGGAGAGGCCGCGCUUGGUUUCCUCACCCGCAGCCAGCGGUACCCACCGCGCUCACACCCGCCGCGAAUGCAUAGCUUCGAAUGGAUCACGGCCUUCUGA